AAAUCGCAAAGCUACGUGAAACAAAUUGAGAAGAAGAAGAUUCUUUGGGUGAGAAUUGAGAAGAAUACAACAAUUCAUUACGUUGCCAACGCCAAUCAAAUCUUUUGCUCAGGAAAAAUUUCCGGAUGGAUUCUCGGAAUUUUUUCGCAUUUUCCCUCUGCCUUAUCCUGAUUUUCCCUCGAAUUUCAUCUGCUUCUAUCCGCUUCCUCCCUCGAUGGAGUAAAAGAGAUGGGUCUGUGAUUAAGCAGAAAACGAGUGCUUCCUCUCUUGCUUUUGAUCCAACUCGUGUCACUCAGCUCUCUUGGACCCCUAGGGUAUUUUUAUACAAGGGUCUUCUCUCCGAUGAGGAAUGUGAUCAUUUUAUCAACUUGGCGAAAGGAAAGCUUGAGAAGUCAAUGGUGGCGGAUAAUGAUUCGGGUGAGAGCGUAGAAAGUGAAGUACGCACAAGUUCUGGAAUGUUUCUGUCCAAAAGACAGGAUGAUGUAGUAGCUAAUGUCGAGUCAAAACUUGCUGCAUGGACCUUUCUUCCUGAAGAAAAUGGAGAGUCCAUGCAAAUACUGCACUAUGAGAAUGGUCAAAAAUAUGAACCGCAUUUUGACUACUUUCACGACCAGGUAAACCUAGAGCUUGGUGGUCAUCGGAUCGCCACUGUAUUGAUGUAUUUGUCCAAUGUCAAAAAGGGCGGAGAAACAGUGUUUCCCAUGUGGAAGGGUGAAACAAUUCAACCGAAAGACGAUAGCUGGACCGAAUGUGCAAAACAAGGCUAUGCAGUGAAACCGAUGAAAGGGGAUGCAUUGCUCUUCUUCAAUCUUCAUCCCAAUGCAACCACAGAUCCGAGCAGCUUACAUGGAAGCUGUCCAGUGAUUGAGGGAGAGAAAUGGUCAGCGACCAGAUGGAUUCAUGUUAAGUCAUUUGAGAGACCGAUCCAGAGGCCAACUGGGUGUGUGGACGAGAAUGAGAGCUGCCCAAAAUGGGCCAAGUCAGGGGAAUGCGAGAAGAAUCCAACGUACAUGGUGGGUUCAGAAACAGACCAUGGUUAUUGCAGAAAGAGUUGCAAAGCUUGCUCAUCUUAAGAACAAGUAAAAUAAAAAAACUCUUAUUAAAGGGUGGAAAUUUUUGUAUAGCAAAAAAUGGUUUUCGCCAUUCGGGGAAGAAAAACCUUUCGUUAAUAGAAGGAAACAUAUAGAACAAAACUAAAAAAUAAUUCUGAUCCUAAGUUUCAUGUUCAGUUAUGUUCCCUGUGGUUCAUAAGUAGAACAAAACUUAAUAAAAGUCAGUUUAUUUUA